AUGGAAAUUCCUCGAAACAAGAGUAUACCCUUGAACAUGAAUGCUGAAAAUCAUCGAAAUCUUGAAACCUCAACUGAAGAAAACGAACUUCCAGAGAAAUUCAACGAUGACACCACCGGUAUCGGCCGAUCCUACGAGUGCACUUUUUGCAAGAGAGGCUUCACAAACGCUCAGGCCUUGGGAGGGCACAUGAACAUACACAGAAAAGAUAAAGCCAAGGCCACCAAGCAGCAUACCCAAAAGUCUUCGACUUCGUUUUCGAACAAAUUCACUGAAGAUCACAUGACUUCAAGUUUUAUCUCACCAAUUUUAAGCAAUCAGGGAAGAUACUAUGAAGUUUUGGGGACGCAAAUGAUGUAUUUUCCAGCAUCAGAUUCUAGCUACAAUUUGCUUGUUCCAAGGUCGGAGCAACUGAGCGUGCAUGAAGAGAGUCCAAGUCCGAACUUGAGUCUGCAGGUUGGUUCCCCCAAUAUGGGGGAGAGAAAAUGGAAGAAGAGAGAUGGGGGAGAAGAAAAGAUGGAAAAUGAAGUGGAUUUGGAACUUCGUCUCGGUCAUGACCCAUAA